ACCUCUCUUUAUUCGAAAUUGCCAACCUAAGAUUACUUUUUAAGACAAAGAGGUAGAUGUUCACUUUUUCUUAACAGUUGAAGGAAUAUGAGAAAAUGAAAUAUUUUGGGAAAUGAAAGAGAUUAUUAUAUCGGAGGCAAAGAAAGCAGGUGAAAAAUGGCCGACGAAAAUGAAAUAAUGGAGGGUAUGGGAGGUUUCAGUGGUAAAGUAAUAACAGUUAGUGAAGCCGUAGAGGAUAUCAUGUUAGUUUGGGGUUUACAGCAACCCUGUUUUUCAACACAAAAUGCUUUUGUUCUUCAAGCUUCUCUCCUUCUCCCUCUUGAUGCUUGUGGUCGCUCUCUCUCCAUUAUUCAGUCCCCUUGUUCUCUCGGCACUCCAGGAGUGACUGGAUCAGUAAUGUGGGACAGUGGCGUUGUGUUGGGUAAGUUCUUAGAGCACGCUAUGGAAACAGCACAGAUUGAUCUAAGAGAUAAAAAGGUUGUGGAAUUGGGGUCUGGCUGCGGUUUAGUUGGGUGCAUUGCAGCUCUUUUAGGGGCGCAAGUUGUACUCACUGAUAUGCAAGAUAGGCUCAAGUUACUGAAAAAGAAUGUGGAAGAGAAUCUAUAUGGGAAUGUGCGGGGUUCUGCCACUGUUAUUGAGCUCACUUGGGGAGAUAAGCCUGAUCCGAAGCUCAAUAAUCCUUCACCUGAUUUUGUGCUCGGUUCAGAUGUGAUUUAUAGUGAGGAAGCAGUGAUAGAUUUGAUUGAAACAUUAGUAGAACUUUGUGGACCCCAAACAACGAUCAUACUGGCUGGAGAACUUCGAAAUGAUGCCAACCUAGAAUACUUCUUAGAAGCAGCGAUGAAGGUGUUUGUCGUAGGUCGGAUUGGUCAAUCACAGUGGCAUCCAGACUAUUGCAGCUCCCGUGUAGUCAUGUAUGUUCUGGUAAAAAAGUAACUGUAGGGGCAGGAUUAAGAUUAGCAAUGACAGACAUAAAUCUUAGCUAAGCCAUGCAAGAUCGUUAUUCUUGAUAAAGUUUUUGACAAUCUGCCUGGUCUAUUCUCGAACUGUCUAAGAGUUAAUCAUCCCAGCAAGAUUCACAUGGUUGAGAGAAAUUAUCAAUUUUUUCUUUUACAUGCCAAUUUGUUGCUGGAUAUGUAGUUGCCAUUUUUAUUUUUAUUUUUAACAUUUAUGUAUUUUUUGCACAAGACUUUACUUGAAUUUAGCCACCCCUGCA